AUGGUGCUCCAGUGGCUCACGCUGGCGAGAAGACCGCUUGAAUGGCGAGAAAUUCAAGUACUCAAGUCAAUUGACCGUCGAGAGCAAUCAAUCGACUUUGAAAGACAGAGGUUCCAUGUUGAUGCAAAGGACCUUUGUGGACCUUUGGUCAAUGUUUCGGAAGAUGGAACCGUCGAGUUGAUACAUUUAACAGCAAAACAGUACGAUAUCCCAUUCUAUACAAGCAUGACUCAAUGGUCACUGACCAUAGCAAACAGCUUCCUCGUGGACGAGGGAAUUGUGGAUCCACUGCCUGGGGACAUCCGAAUGGCGUCACUUUGCAUUGACUAUCUGAAUCUCCCCAUAUUUGUUAGCUCAAUAUCUAGUGACGCCGCCCUUCGGGGAGACUAUGGUUUCAUGGAGUACGCUGCUCUCUAUUGGAUUCGGCAUCUGGAAGGGGCAAUUGCGGAAGCGAAACGAAGAAUUGCGAAGACAAAACUUCAAGAAAUCCAGCAACCCGAAGACAGUGAUGACAGCGAAGCUCCUCUUGCCUAUCCAACUUUACAAGAAGAUCAAUAUUCGCGCAUGAUGUCAUCACUUGCCGAAUCACUCGGCGUCUUCAUUGAGCAUCACUGGACAUCGCCAAAAUCCUAUCUCGCAGUUUCUGACCGAAACAAAAGAAAUCUCCAAGUAUUCGAGCCCCUGUCCUUCCACGAAGAGUUACAGCAAAUCUUCGUAUCGACCCGAAAGCAGUUGCAUUCUUUUGGACCCAUCAAAAAGGAAGAUCUUUCAACAGAUAUAAUGGAAGUUAUCAAACAGGAUAUGGUGGACAGAUAUGGUCAAGGCCCUUUUCGAUGCGCUCGCUUCAGCUGUCGCUCCUUCACUCUUGGAUUUCCGACACCAGAUGAGCGAGAGAUCCAUGUCGCAAGACACGAGAGACCACAUAGGUGCAACGAUGAAAAGUGCGAAAAGGGCUUUGAUAUUGGCUUUGCGUCUCUGGCUCAAUACAAGAGACAUAUGAAGGACUAUCAUCCGGAUCUCUCUCAACAAGACCACGAGUUUCCCACAGACAAAGAAAUACAAUUAAGCAUUCGUUCUAAGAAUACGGAGUCUCAGGCACAAGUCGCAAAACAAACCACCGACACGACCACUAGGGAUAAUGCGGCGCCUCACGGGAAUGCAACAGUCGUAUCUGAUGGAGAUGGAGAUGAAUCCUCUGCUUCCGAGCCCGAGAUUCGACCUCGCCCAACCCCUAAAAGACACAGCAAGGACGACCUCAAAUGCCAAUACUGCCAAAAAGAAUUCACAAGACUCUAUAAUCUCAAGUCUCAUCUCUUAGUGCAUCAGAAUAAUCUGAGGUUUCCCUGCGAAUAUUGCCAAAAAUCCUUCAUUCGAAAGAGUGAUCUCAAUCGUCAUAUGAAAUCACAUACUGGGGAAAAGAAGUGGGUUUGCGGGGGAUGUGAUAAAGCAUUUGCCCGAUCAGAGACUCUGAAAGCCCACCAGCAACAGUCGAAAAGGGGCCAGGCCUGUCUUGAAGAUCUCCAACGACGACAGCAGGAACAGAUAGAAGAGCAGGAUCUGAUUCUCCCUUCAAUCUCCUCUUUCCUUCCGAAUUAA